AUCGUUUUAAAUAGCACAGAAAACACAUAAUUUGAAGCUGGAUGAUAGAAAAUGUGUUUUUUUAAGCCAUCGUGUCUGUUAGCUUCGGUGUCGGUAAUCCACAUAAUAAAAAAGUCCAAAUGUUUCUCAAAAUCUCAAUUUCAAAUGUGCACGGAGCACGCUACACAAGGCUCUUAUUCUGAAAGGAAAAAUCAAGAACCGGACGUUGUUUUCAUUUCCGGUUUGAGCCAACAUGGCGACGAACACGGAUGACAGCAAGUAUUUCGUGAGAGAAAUUGAGAAAAAUGACGGUUGUAGCUUAAGGCUGAAGCAGUGCUACAUAGGGGAUGUUGGUUGUGUGGUCUGGGACGCGGCUAUUGUUCUCGCUAAGUAUUUAGAGACGAAACAGUUUUACGAGCCGACUUCAGGAGUCAACGUGUGGUCCGGAAAGACGGUGGUGGAGCUGGGAGCUGGGACAGGAGUCGUGGGUUUGAUGGCAGCAACACUUGGAGCCCAGGUUAAAGUGACCGAUCUGGAAGAUUUGCUGCCCCUUCUUAAGGUGAACAUCCAAGAAAAUCAGGCACUCAUAAGUAGCGGGUCCAUAACUGCCAAGGUACUGAAAUGGGGUGAAGAUAUAUCCGAGUUCCUGCCUCCUCCUCAUUACAUUCUUAUGGCUGAUUGCAUCUAUUAUGAGCAGUCGAUCGUACCGCUGGUGGAGAGCUUGAAGCUGCUUUCAGGACCUGAAACGUGCAUCAUUUGCUGCUAUGAACAACGUACUGAAGGCAUCAAUCCAGAGGUAGAAAGAAAGUUUUUUGAGUUGCUGCAGCAAAACUUUAGCUGUGAGAAGAUCCCUUUGGACAAACAAGACCCAGAGUUCAGCAGUCCGGAAAUCCACGUUUUGCACAUUCGAAGAAAACAGAAGAAAUAGAUACCUUUGUUUUCUUAAAAAUGUGUCCUCAAACUACCUAAACAUUACGUUUUGUAGUAGAAAACUGAAAGUCUACGUGGACUGUAUAUAAUAGUUUUUUGUAUUUUUAUAUGAUUAUUUUUACAAGAUAAUUAUAACAUGAAAUAAAAGUAAAUCUGCUGAA